AGGUUCCGCAUUCCCAAACCCUCCCAGAUAGGGAUCGGUAUAUAAACGGGCUGAUGCAACGAUUUCCACUCUUUAAAAUCUACAACCGACCUUCAGCUGACCUGAAAAAAGAGUAUCAGUCGGAUUUAGGACCAAAGUCAGCUGUGGUCGCAGGCGGGUCUGACAUGAUGCCGGGACAGAUCCCUGACCCCUCCCUGACAGCGGGCUCACUCCCCAGCCUUGGCCCGCUUGCCGGGAUCUCUGCCACCACGCUGACUGACCAGCUCAAGUUCGCCGACCUCCGGAACCUGGGGGCCAUGCUGUCCCCACUGCACUUACUGGGGAGGCUAGGGAAGAGGCCUGCCCCCAUCAAGGCAGAGAUGGAUGAGGAGGAGGAGAGGAGGAAACGGCGGCGUGAGAAGAACAAGGUGGCGGCCGCGCGCUGUCGGAACAAGAAGAAAGAGAGGACAGAGUUUCUACAAAGGGAAUCGGAACGGCUGGAGGUGAUGAACUCGGAGCUGAAGGCUCAGAUCGAGGAGCUGAAGCACGAGCGGCAGCAGCUCAUUCUGAUGCUCAACCGGCACCGGCCCACCUGCAUCGUGCGGACCGACAGCGUCAAGACCCCCGAGGGCGAGGCCAACCCCCUGCUGGAGGAGCUGGAAGCCAAAUGAGGGAGGGCAGCGGCCUCUCACCCCUAGUGACUGUUUACAGUGCAACCACAGCCAGCAGCACUUAGCCCUGCGCUCUGGGCCUGGGAGGGAGCGGAGCACCACUCCCCUCCCCCACCCGCGGCUCAGGGUUCGAAAGCCUUCUUUAGAUGAGGAUCGCUCGAUGCGAUCGGGAGCCGGCAGCCAUCACCCUUCCUCAUCGCCGUCACUCCCCCGGUGCCACACAGCCUCGGCUGCCGUCACUACAAACAGACAAAAAGGAAAGGAAGAGAAACGAAGAAACACACUAAAUUCAUACGGCAGAUCUGUCUCAGGUACUCAGACAGAGGGGGUUGCAUUGUCGUGCUUCAUUUUUAUUUGCCAAUGUAUACUAGUUGAAAUAAACAGUAAUAGUAUUUUUUAAUGUCGAUUUAUAUCCUGCCCUUGACGAUGGCAGUGGCCGGUUGAACCGACUUUUGUGGUGACGCAGGCGUCAUGAAAGCACAUAUAUAUGAAUUGUUUACAGUCUUGCCGUUUUUUGUCAUUGUUACUUCCAGUUCACAUUGUAUUUUUUAUUAUUUUUUAUACUGCUAGAUAUUAGAUGAAAUAUAUAUGAUGUGUUAUCACUAGAUGUGAUGCAUUUUACAUUUCUAUUAUGAACAGGUAUAACGUCUUUUUCCUCUGAGGAGCUGUCUUUGUUUUGCUUUGUGGCUGUGAAAUACCUUGAAAGCUGCCGCUCUCAGCCAUGUGGUUUUUAAAUGUCCAUUUUGUAACUUCUACAACAUGUACGUCUUUGUUACUCUCUUACU